GAGCAGCAGGAAGAAAAUAAUUUACCUUCCACAAAGAUAUAUGAAGCAUUCGACGGAAGUACACAUAGCAUCGGUUGUGGUUCUAGUACAGAAUGGAAACAGAUACUAUAUAGAUUUACGUAUUUCCGAAAAUAUAGGGACAUUAUUGAACGUGGCUUAUGUUACGCGCGAUUAAUAACAAAAGCGGAUGAACCAUUAUAUAAUGAACUUUGCCCUUUCCUAUUUUAUUGGAUAGUUCAUAAGAUAAAGGAGAAUUUGGAGGGUGAUCAAUAUAUACAGGCAACCACGACAGUUCAUAAUUUAUUACAGAAACUCAAGCCUAGGUGGAACUGUAGUAAAAUAUACAGUAGUAUGGGCGAACACAUUUUUAAGAAAAGUAAGGAACUAUUCGAUUACAACUAUAAUUGGAGAGUCCUAACGAAACAGGGGGGGAAGAAUAAAUACUGCUGUACAGCAAAUUGUAGGGACAGCCUGAGAACAGCUGCGGAUGCAUAUAGGACAUUGGAAAGCGUGUGUGGUGGUGACGAGGGUACUCCUUAUUGUGGGGAAUUUAAUACGAAACGUAAUCAAUGGAACCCGAAGGAACUACCAGAAUUGAACUGCUACGAAGAGAAGCAGCAUAAAAACUGUAUUACAGGAGCAUACUUAUAUCAGCAGUUGCACAAAUAAAUGAGUAAUAAUAAUCCAUCCUAUGGUCAACGUUGUGAAUAUUUCUAUUAUUGGUUAGGGUAUUUGUUGUAUAAGAAAUUAAAGACGGAUAUCCAUUUCCCAAAGGUUAUUAAUGAAUUUUACUCAACAUUGCAGAAGUUAGAUGGUAAUAAUAAGUGUCCCACUAUAAAUACUACUAUUGAUAGAACAAUCUUCGAGAGAAGAAAAAAAGCAUAUGAUUAUCUUAACAACUAUGAUAGAAUAAAGGAGCAGUUAUCAAACAGUGAAUCUCGUUGUUCUAAAAAAUAUGACGAUUAUCUGAAGGAAGCUCACGAAGCAUAUCAAAUGAUGGAGGAAAAUUGUGCAACUGACACAGAAAGGGGCGGUGAUGAUCCAUGUUGUAAGUUACUCAACGGGGAAAAAGGUGGAGUGGGUACAAAACCCAAUCCGUCGGAACUAUCAAAAUUAACAUGCAACGUGGAGAACGUACCGGGAGAGGAAUCAGGCCCAGACUCAACAGUCACAGAAGUCAUAAAUGACUGUUCUAGUGACGAUGACAAACAAUCGGUAGGAUAUGCAGAUAGUGUAACAUUAAAUGAAGAGCAAGUUUACUUCUGCAUUUUCUGUUAUACGUAA